AUGUGUGACCCCGCUCCCAUCGCUGCCGCCGGCCCGCAGCAGGCCCGCGCGGCCCGGACCGCCCGCGCCGCCACCUCCGCGCACCACCGCGUGCGCCGUCGCCUAGCGCCGUCGACGACCACCGCCCGCGCCGCUUCGCUGCCUUGCACCGCCGCCACCGCGAACUUCCACCACCGCGCCGCGCUUCGCCGCCGCCCGCUCCACCGCCACCGGCCGCAGCACCGCCGCCCGAAGCCGCCCUUCGCCGGCGCCCUGCUCCUUCCGCCACCGGAGCUCGCCCGUGCCUCCCCGCCGCCUCGCUGGAGUCGUCGCCGGUCCGGAUCCACCAAGUCAGCGAGCCAAACAUCCCCACCACCGCGCCCCAGCCCCGCGUUCCCGACGCCGACCAGCACCGCCACCGGCCCGCCCCUCCCCGCCACCGCAGCCCGCCCCUCCCCGCCACCGCAGCCCGCCCCUCCACUGUUCCAGGCCGCGGCGCCGCCCCCUCCCCCAACCCUCGAGGCUCUUUCCCCUUCCCCCAACCCUAGCCGCCGCACGCAGCAGCCAUGGCGGACUGCACCUUCAGCGCCGGCAGCUGCCGCUCGUCCAUGCUGUGAAGCCAUCCCCGCCCUGCUCGCCUUCGUCCGCCGCCGUCGCGGACCAUCUCCUCCGUCCCCGACCACACAUCCCCGCCCUCGUCUGCUGCCAUCACCGACCGGCUCCUCCGUCCCCAACAAGUCAUCCCCGUCCUGCUCGCCGUCUUCCGCCGAAGAACCCGGCGGCUGUGUCGAUUCUCUGCCUCCCCGACCACCUCUUCCGAUUUUGCGAAGAGAUUUAUCAGCUCAAGUGCGCAGAUUAGAAGUUCAACCAUGUUUUUGCCAUUGUCAGGAUGCUGGUCAUUUUAGGCGUGGACGCACAUGGCCACCUACCGCCCAUCGCCGGGCACCGAGCUUGUUGUCCCGUCAUGCAUCUCGAUGGUGUGCCUCUCAAUUUAGCCUAGGAGAAAAUCAAAUGGUUAAAUAUGGGUUAUCAGCUCAAGUGCGCAGAUUAGAAGUUCGGCCAUGUUUUUUCCAUUGUCGGGAUGCUGGUCAUUUUAGGCAUGGACGCACAUGGCCACAUGCCGCCCAUCGCCAGGAGCUGAGCUUGUCGUCCCGUCGUGCAUCUCGAUGGUGUGCUACUCAAUUUAGCCUCGGUAAUUCCAUGUCUACUGGUGACGCUCGUGCUGGAAACCAGAGGUGGCAUCUUGGUCUUGUCCAUGCGAACACCACAUCUCCGACGGUGCAGCCAUGGCCCGAGGGCGCCGAGCUGAUCUCCCAAGGCUCCUUGCCGACGCAUGACAAUGCCCACCUCCAUGCUGAUUGAGCUUUUCCACUUGCCCAACAUGAUCAAUUAUCUGUUAUAGAAUUUAUGCUAUCAGUUGUUUGUAGUUGUGCUCUGAAUAGAUGUCCCCUGCUUGUAAUAGAUAAUCACACUUUGCUAUAAUACAUUGAAGAGCCAGUGCUUCUAUGCAGCAA